CGCGCAUUCAAACCGCGGGGCGGCGGCGGAGGCGUGAGCGGCGCGAGGAGGCCGGGAGCCUGCGAGCAGAUAAUUUUGGAAACUGUUGCAUAAGAAAUGGCCGGAAGUCAGAUGAAUGUCUAAAGAAGAGCUUAACAUUUCUUCAGCAACAUUCUUUUUAAAAAUAACUUUCUGCCACCAUGUCAGCUUCCACUGCACACAGCAGAAAUGACAGCGAUCUCCUUGGCAUUUCUUCCUCCACAAAGACGUCAUCCCUGAGUGUCCUCCCUCAGGGCAGCAAGCUGAAGCUGCAUUCGAAGUCGGACUUGUCAGUGUGUGAAAAUGACGAUCCGUUACUGAGAUCUGCAAGUAAAACCAGAGACAUGAACAGCACUUACGUUAUUUCUGCCUGUAAGAAAACAGAAGGCACGCCCCUCUCUCCCAACCCUGUGGGGAGGUUGACACUUCAGAGAAGAGCGACCAGGAGCAAGGAACCCUGUUUGCUUGGUCGUGAGUCGGGAGAUGCAGGUUCGAGAACAGCAGAAGCACGCCUUGCAUUACAGCGUCGGACUAAGACAGAUGGUGUGGAAAAGUGGAAAGGAACGCAGAAUGUGGGCAGAAGGACAGAAAAUAGUCGGCCUUCACCAGAAACUGGUAUAAAUGUAAAGACUGUAAACGGUGACAAAAACGUUCCUGUUGCACCUUCUGUACCUUUAACUCCAGACCCGAAAGACCUUGAAAUGAAGGCUGAUGGAAAAUGCGCAGCGACACGUUCUGCCCUCCGCGGGGCAGGUGAGAGCGUCGCCCCCAAGUCCCUACGUGAGCGAGCGCCCACCGGUUCCCAGGGUCAGACUGAAGCUGUUGGCGCAGCGAGCUUGGCGAUUAGGCCUACCGAGAGCAGGUUAGAGAUCAAAGUGUCAGGGGCAGGGACCUCGCACCACAGGGGUGCUGAGAAGGAAGCCGCGAAACUUCCACGUAGAUUUGAGAGCUUAGAGAAAAGGACGCCCUCGAAGUGUAUUUCAGAGCCCAGGUCGACACCCAGGCGUGGCGUCCUGCAACCUCGGAGCCCCGCUGCCUUGGUUCUGAGAAACAGGAGGCCCACCCUUCAGGUUAAACAGACGCCGCAGAGCUCUCUGCUCGCAAGUCAAAAGGAAAGGGAGCGUGAAAAUACAUUCCUUCUUGAGGAAGAAACGGCACUUCAGAAAACCUCUGCAGAAACAGACCCCCUGAAGGUGGAGACCAGCCAGGUGACGGUGGCCGUCAGAGUCAGGCCUUUCAGCAACCGGGAGGAGAGAGAAGGAGCGCCUCAGGCGGUCUUCCUGGACGGGGAGGAAAUUGCCGUGGAGCACCCCGGCACGCGACAGAUGUACAGCUUUGCGUACGAUCUUUCCUUUUGGUCCGUGGAUGAGCGCCACCCGCGCUUCGCGAGCCAGACGGCCGUGUACCAGGCGCUGGCGGCCCCGCUGCUGGGACAGGCCUUCCAAGGCUUCAACACCUGUCUGUUCGCAUAUGGCCAGACUGGCUCUGGAAAGUCAUACACGAUGAUGGGCUUUAAUGAAGAACCAGGAAUAAUUCCAAGAUUUUGUGAAGAUCUUUUUGCUGAAAUAGCCAAAAAGCAAACCCAAGAGGUCAGCUACCACCUUGAGAUGAGCUUCUUUGAAGUCUACAAUGAAAGAAUUCAUGACCUUCUUGUUUGUAAUGGUGAAAAUGGGCAGAGAAAGCAAACGCUGCGAGUGCGGGAGCACCCGGCCUCGGGCCCGUAUGUCGAGGGCCUGUCCACGAAUGUUGUCAGUUCUUAUUCUGAUAUCCAGGUCUGGCUGCAGCUGGGGAACAAGCAGAAGGCCACGGCCGCCACCGGCAUGAACGACAAGAGCUCACGCUCUCACUCCGUGGUCACCCUGGUGAUGACCCAGGCCAAGACAGAAUUUGUGGAGGGGGAGGAGCUGGACCACAGAAUUCAGAGCCGCAUAAACCUCGUGGACCUGGCUGGCAGUGAGCGGUGUUCCGCAACUGGGACCAUCGGGGAGCGGCUGAAGGAAGGCGUGAGCAUUAACAAGUCGCUGCUGACCCUGGGCAAGGUCAUCUCUGCACUGUCCGAGCAGGCUGGCGGGCGGAGCGUGUUCAUUCCUUACCGAGAGUCUGUUCUCACAUGGCUGCUGAAGGAGAGUCUGAGUGGAAACUCGAAAACCGCCAUGAUCGCCACGGUCAGCCCAGCGGGCAGCAGCGUGGAGGAGACGCUGAGCACGCUGAGGUAUGCCGCGCAGGCCCGCAGCAUCGUCACCGCCGCCAGGGUCAACGAGGACCUGAGCGCCAGGCUCAUCCGAGAAUUGAAAGCAGAAAUUGAAAAGUUAAAAGCUGCCCAAAGAAGCAGUCAGAACAUUGACCCUGAACGAUACAGGCUCUGCCGGCAAGAAAUCGCGUCCUUGAGGAUGAAGCUGCAUCAGCAGGAGAGAGAGAUGGCGGACAUGCAGAGAAUGUGGAAAGAAAAACUUGAACAAGCUGAAAAAAGAAAACUUCAAGUAACAAAGGAGUUACAGAAAGCAGGAAUUACCUUUCAAAUGGACAACCAUCUGCCAAACCUGGUCAAUCUCAAUGAAGACCCUCAGCUGUCGGAGAUCCUGUUAUACAUGAUAAAAGAGGGGACGACCACAGUUGGAAAGAACAGACCGAGCUCCAGCCACGACAUCCAGCUGUCGGGGGUGCUGAUCGCCGACGACCACUGCACCAUCACCAAUUCCGCUGGGACAGUGAGUAUCGUCCCAGCUGGGGAAGCGAAGUCAUACAUAAACGGAAAACUGAUUUCGGAGCCCACGGUGUUACACCAUGGUGAUCGGGUGAUUCUUGGUGGCGAUCAUUAUUUUAGAUUUAAUCAUCCAAUGGAAGUCCAGAAAGGCGAGCGGCCACCCAGCAGAGAGAAUCCUAUGAGCAAGGGCCCGGAAGACUUUGAGUCAGCCAAAAAUGACUUGCUGAUGGCCCAGAGGUUACAGCUUGAGGCGGAAAUCCAGGAGGCGCAGGUGAGAGCCAAGGAGGAAAUGAUGCAAGGCAUCCAGAUCGUGAGAGAAAUGGCCCAGCAAGAGCUCUCCUCUCAAAAAGCUGCGUACGAGAGCAAGAUCCGAGUGCUGGAGGCGGAGCUGAAAGAAGAAUCUCAAAGGAAGAAGAUUCAGGAAAUAAAUAACCAAAAGGCGAAUCACAAAAUUGAGGAACUGGAAAAGGCGAAGCAGCGCUUUGAGCAGGAAAUUCAUGUCAACAGAAAGCGGCUGGAAAUGGAGGCUCUGGCGACAAAGCAGGCUUUAGAAGACCACAGGAUUCGCCACGCAAAAAUUCUGGAAGCUCUAGAAACAGAGAAGCAGAGGAUUGCUGAGGAAGUGCAGAUUCUACAGCAGAAUCAGAGCCACAGGGACAAAGCCUUCACAGUGCAGCCCAGCUGGAGCUCCAUGAAGCUGUCCGUCAUGAUUCAGGAAGCCAACGCCAUCAGUAGCAGGUUAAACAAGAAUUAUGUUUUUGGCAGACAUGUGGUGUCAGAUAAAGGAAGCAGUUUUGACACUUGUGUUCGGGUCCGUAACCUGCAGCUCGGGGUCUCAACCGUCUGGAGUCUGGAAAAGUUUGAGUCUAAGCUUGCAGCAAUGAAGGAACUUUAUGAGAGCCAUGGGAGUGGCCGGGGUGAAGAUGUCUUCUGUGACCCUGAAGAUGAGUGGGAACCCGACAUCACCGAUGUUCCUGUUUCUUCCUUUUCCAGGAGGAGGAGCAGGAGCCUGAUGAACAACAGGAGGGUUUCCGGCUGUCUGCACGACAUUGAGGCCCACGCGGGCCAGGACCUGCGUUCUUCACGCUCCGCAGGCUUAGUGGGGAAAUCCAGCCCCGUUUACCUGGCUUCAGCAGAACCCUUCCUUCCUGGCAUUUGCAAAGAGUUGAUUGGCUCGUCAUUAGAGCUUCUCGGACAGAGUGAUGAUGAAGAAGGCACCGUGGCAGACAGCCUGAUGAGUAAUUUCCUCAGAAUCCACGAUGGGGUACUGGCCGUGUCCAGAGCCCACGAAGAGCAGGACGAGGACAGUCAGUGUAACCUGUUCACUGACCGAGCAAACCAGUCGCUUGCAGUCCAGGUGACAAGCGCGUUCGAGCAGGUUGCGGUGCUGACGGGACCCUGGCUGAGCGGCGUCCUCCCAGAGGCUGGCCGGGAGGCCCUGCCGGCUGAGCUGCGGCGGGAAGUGAGGACGCUGGGGGGCCGCUUGCAGCUGUUUCUGCAGGGAUGCUCUUCGGAUAUUUCACCGAUGGUCAAAGAGGCUCAAAAGCAAGUGAUCCAAACCAUACACCGAGCCGUCGCGUGCGUGGGGCGGUCAGCGGCUCUUACCGGGGACCGGCUGCACUUCCUGGAGAGCGGUGCUCACGGGGCCGCGGGCCUGCAGGAUGAUUUUGUGCGUGCCGUUUGUGAUGGUGUAGACGUGGGAAUAAAGAGUCUCCUCGAUUCUGGACUAGAAAAAGCAGAAGAGCUUGAGCAUGAACUCCUAAGGCAGAGUCCCCAGGAUGAGGUUACCAAACAGAUGAAAGCUAAUGCCCUAGGACUGAUCGAAUCCCUCAGAAACCUCUUCGCUGAAUGGAAAGCAAAAAGCUUCAGAACUCAAGUACAAGAAGAAAAUUCUGAAUGUGAAGAUUUAAAGAAGAUGAUUAAUCUUGCCCAAGAAUUCUUGAAGUUAAAAUGUGGCUUAGAGCAAACUAUUCAAAUUAUUAUUUCUGCUGUGAGAGGGCGCCGCGGGGACCUGGCCCUCCUCCGGGACUGUGUGCAGCGUCUGUGCAGCUCGGCCCAGGGUCUCCACGGUGACCGGAGCGGGAGCCCUGAGGACAGCAGGGCCCGAGCCGGCCACCAGGAGCUGGAGUCUCGCGCCACCUCACUGCUCUUGGGUUUUGAAUUUGAAGAAGGACCUGGUUUGUGGGGGCCCUGGGAAGCUUGCAAUCAGGGUCCCAGAGCAGCAGGACGAGAGCAGCCUGGGUCGGACAGGCCCGGCCCCCAGAGGACCCGAGGAGUGCCCAAGCGGGUGUACGAGCUCCCGGGCCCGGCCCUGCGCGGCUCAGAGCAGGGUGUGCUGCCCCCCCGGGAGGGCGCCAGGGAGGGGUCUCCUCCCGCCAGAGGGCAGUGAGCCCACUCCAGAGCCGGCCAGUCUGUGGGCGGCCUCCUCCUGGGUGUUGACGCUGAUUUCAGAUGCCUGAAUAUGCAGCCCCAGGCUUCCCUGCAGACGAUGUAAGACAGGUACUUACCAUGUCAGAGUCUCGUGGCAAUCGGAUAGAAUUGGGAUUCAAAACCAAGUGAGUGGUCCUUGUUCAUUGCCUGGAAAUGUCGAUGUUCGUCUUUAACACGGGUGUGCAGUCUCGGGCUGGCUCACUAGCCUGUGUGUAAUGGUUCUUAUGGGGACUGUGGUGACUGAGGAUAAGUUAUUUCCUGUGAGUGGACACCUUCAUGCCUCUAUCUUCACUCCCUUGUAAAUACAAUAGCUACGAUGAGUUUUAUGGUGAAGCUGCCAAAGCAAGUCUAACCAGGGCAGCUUAACCUGCCUUGUUGAAUCAACAACCCUUUUCUUGAAAGAUUAACUGGUUGCCAUUCUGAAUGGUGUGUUCAGGACACAGUUUCCUUUUUCUUUGCAAAUUAUGAGUAGCUUCCUAAUAUAGUAUAAUUUAUAUUAAUAACCUGGUUUGCUGGCAUGCCAGCUCAUUCUUUAUCUGCCAGGGGCUUCAUGUUAGGGGCUGUGUGAAUGUAACUUCAAACCGAUUGAAUAUUAGUUCAACUAUUGGAUGGGGUUGGGGAAUCAGAGGCCAGGUCUUCUCUUGAUAACUCUUGUCUGAUGAAGACAUAGGGAGUUUGUACAUGAUUUGAUGAAGAUUUAAGACCCUUAUUAUAUCUCUGAACUUAAAAAAACCUUUAUCUACAAUCAGGUAAUAGAGGUCAUAUUGCACUUUGGGGCUCAUCCCUCAAGGAGAUUGUCUGACAUUUUCGGCUGCAGAAAUGUGUGUAAACUGAAGAGAUACCCAGUGGCCUGGCGUGGGUGAGGUCGAGCAGGUCUUGGGCAAGAAUUAUUUUGAGUAACCGGAUCUCCCCCUUGUCUCCCGCACGUGCAGACACGCUGUGAGCCUGGAACGGCUGUGGGAGUUGGUGCCGGGGUGCCUUGGAUGGCUUUUUCGUUAGGCAGAGUUAUUCUCACACAGCGACUGGUUCUUACUUAUGAUGCUAAUGAACCAUGUGUUUUCAGGUGCUUUAAAACGGUGCAGUUUAAAAAAUGUGCUUUUCUUUUUUCUUUAAUUUUUGGCAUUUGAGCUUGUAUUCGCUCUGAGGGUCCAUAUGUGUUUGUCACAGUCAAUGCUCUGCCAAGUGGCUCUUCGCUGUCAGGUUUUAGGAAGAGCAGGUGUAGAGACAAGGACCUCUCCUGAAGGUUGUUCCUCUUGGAGGAACUUCCUACGGUAUUACUUUGGUAGUUUUUAUCUUGAUGUUCACUAUUUAAUCCUUUCUGCUUUCUAAACUCAGGACUUCAUUGGUCAGUAACCUUUUAAUGUCUUUGUAAAAUUUUGUAUAUACAUAUAUUUAUACCGUGGAUUGUUACACAAUAUUUAAACCAACUUUGGUAAGUAUAUUUCCUGUUGGAAUCAUGUGCUGUGCUGAUGAGAUGUGUUAUAAUAAAUGGAUGGCUGUGGAAAGUU